AUGAGCGUCGACCUGGACGAGUCCUCGACGAUCGACCUCGACCCGGACGAGAUGAUGGGCGCGUACGACGUCCUCGCGCCCGGCGACGCGCACGACGCGCUCUUCGGUGGCGCGCAGCUCGCGCCUGAGAGCGUCAUGUUGGACGACGACGACGACGUCUCAGCGGACGACGACGACGUCUCAGCGGACGACGACGACGCGGACGACGUCCGCGCGAUGACGACGGGCGCGGAUCGACGUGGAGAUGAUCAUGACAUCUCCGCGAGGGCCGAGGCUGCCGCGCCGUGCGAUCGCGAGACGGGCCCGUGCGAGUGGAACGCGGUGUGCCGCGCGCACGUCGACGACUGGGAGCGCGCGCACGGAGGCGGCGCGGGGAGCUACCUCGCGUGGCUGCGCGCGAACGCGCAGCCGAUCCCGGGAUGGUUGGAGGGAGGCGCGGUCGGGCAGAGAGGGUCCGGGUCCGUCGACGCGGUCGCGGGCGUCGCGGUGACGGAGGAGCCGCCGGAGGGGGUGAUGGACGCGACGACGACGACCGCGACGACGACGACCGCGACGACGACGACGCCGCCGAGUCGCUGGUUUCAGAACGUCGACGACGACGACGACGACGACGACGACGACGAGCGGUACGCGUUCGAGGCGGAGGACGCCGCGGCGACGAUCAGGGAGUACGCCGCGAGGGAGGCGAUUCGGCACGAGCGAGACGUGCCGAUGGCGAAGUUGGCCGCGAGGAAGACGGUCACGGACGCGUUCUUGAAGGCGGCGACGCCGCUCGUCUUCGGCGGGCCCGGCGCGCGAAGCGGCGGCGGCGGCGGCGGCCCGGUCGACGUCGGCUCGCCCGGGAGCGACCUCGGGAAAUACGACGACGUCUUGGACGCGUACUACACCGGCGGCGGCGGCGGCGACGACGACGACGACGACGACGCGAUGCAGACGGGAAGGGGGGAGAAGCGAAGGGCGGAGGAGGAGGCGUAG